GACAAAAUCAUGAUCUGCAGGGAAGAACUUUUGAAAAAACAUGUUCACCAUUUCCACUCUGUACUUCUGAACAAGACCUCCUGAGAAAAGGGAAGGGAUGUAUGUGCAGUCUGAGGCAUUAUCUGUGAGAGAACCAAGUAGAAACAGUUCCUUCAGAUUUACAGUCUUCUCCUCUAAUAUUUGUACUAUUUGUACCUUGUAAACACACGACUGAGAUAUGGUGGGGGUUGUAAGGAAAAAUACCUCAGGUCUUCACUACAUCUACUGCUCUGGUUAGGCAACACAUCAGUAUGUGCGAGCAAGGCAGACCUCGAGAUAGGAAUUCAGCUGAUAAAGUGAAUGCAAAUUACAGAUACCAUGAAAUGCGCCCUGGACUUCCAGCGCCACAUCCAGUGCCUCGCUGGGGGAGAAGGUGCCCGUGUCAAACCCCAUGCUGCUGUUGUUGGGCUUGGGUCGCGCUGCAGCACGUGGGCACGCUUCCUGCAGGGAAGCGGUGGCAGGAGCUGGAUGUGCUCAGCACCCAGUUGGGGCCAUCUCACCCCAGCACAGAACCCACUGCCCCACCAGCCCAGGAGCGAGAACAGCCGGGAGCUGCUGGAGCCCAUGGUGAUGGCGCUGAAAGUCGCACCGGGACUCAGCCCUGGCCCUGGUAAUGGACACACACUUUUCGGUUUUUCCCUCUUGUCCCAUGGAGCGGUUGCUGUUGAGGCGAGCAUCCGUAGGAACAGCUGGAGCAGCUGGAGUGGUCACUCCCCGUUUUGAGCGCUGGGUGCAGAAAGCCGAGGCCAGCCCAGGUCUGGCACACGCUGCCCGCCCCAGCAGCCGCCGCGCCAGCUCCCCGCGCGAAGGUUCCCCUUCGGCCCCUCCGGCACGCGGCGGGCGCAGGGCGUCCCGUCUGCUCUGUGGGGCCGCGCGGCGGCCGCAAGCCCGGACUUGAAUCCUGACGUGGUGUGCGCUUCAGUCUCCACUGGCGUGCAGCGCCGCGGGAGCUGAACAGGUUGAGUGACUUCAGGCUGUGGGAGGAAUAAUCGUCUUGGGUUGCUUCAGAGAGCUGAGGCAGCCAAACCGGGCGAGGAUGGCACUGUGGAGUGCCUCGCGUCUCUGCCAGGUACCUCCGGAGUGUUUGUGUUUGAAGGACUUCUUUUUAUAGAACUGCUGUCAAAAUGGGUAGAGAGCGAGCUUAAUUGGGACCGAUCUGAAAAAGGAGGCGGCGUGUAGGUGUGCGAGGGAUGUGUGCAGCGAGUGGCUGCUUUCAGCCAGAGCCCAGCGUAAACAGGUCCAGUCUCAUGUUUAUCGGGGACUCUUAUCUCCUGAGCUGGUAAAUUUUUUACUGUCAUGUCAGUUAUGAUCCGCAGACCGGCGAGCAUUAAAGACAACCUUGCAUACAGCGUGAGUAAGGCUGAGCGCGCCUGUCCUGCUGCAGCCAGCGCUGCCCCGGCUGGCGGCAGGCAGGGAGCCAGCUCGCCCCGUUCAAGCUACAGGAUCUGUCUGCCCAGCAAGCAGGACCCGGGGCUCCUGCCUCUGGCGUCAGCCCCAACGCCGUCCCCUCACGCGUACUGAGUCACAAGUGACUCACUUCAAACUUGGACGUGAGCGCAAAGUAUACAUUUGCAAAUUGGCUGGUGAGGCACUGCUUUGCAAUGUAGGUGGGAUGUAUUACAUACUCCAGCAGUCAAGUUCUGCUCUUUUUCCCUCCUCCCUCUCCCUCCGUGCAGGAUAGCUGUCUGAGCCCAGGAUUUUGGUGCGGUUCUCGCGGGUGCAGGAAGGCAUCUCAGCCUGCUCCGGUGGAUGUGGCAUGUGGAUGGCUCCGGCCCCGCUUGUGACAGAGCUCUGCACUGAAGAUGGAUGAUUUAGCUCUCCUUGACCUGUUGGAGUGUCCUGUGUGCUUUGAAAAGCUCGAUGCCACAGCAAAGGUGCUACCUUGCCAGCACACUUUCUGCAAGCCCUGUCUGCAGAGGAUCCUGAAAUCCCAGAAGGAGCUCAGGUGCCCUGAGUGCAGGACCCUCGUACUCUGCAGCAUCGAGCAGCUGCCCUCCAACCUGCUCCUCAUUCGCCUCCUGGAUGGAGUCAGGUGUGGACAAAACGUUACCAGGUUUGGCUCGAUCCAGAGGUCAGGGGUCCUGUCAUCCCCUGCCUCCAUCAGGAGAGUCCCCAGGGGGCUGCAACUUCAUCAGCACCGGCUGGCGACAAAUCCCCGGAUCCACAUGGAAGGGGUCCCACGAGCCAAGGCCCUGUACACCUACCGAGGGCACAACCCCGGGGAGCUGAGGUUCAAUAAGGGGGACAUCAUCGUGCUGCUCCGCCAGCUGGAUGAGAACUGGUAUCUGGGGGAGGUCAACGGGAUCAGCGGUGUUUUCCCAGCCAGCUCUGUGCAAGUCAUCAAGCACCUGCCCCUGCCACCGCCCCUCGGCCGAGCACUCUACAGCUUUGACCUGAGGAGCAGGGAGAAGACUGAAAACAAGGACUGCCUGACGUUUCAUAAGGGUGACGGCAUCACCGUCCUCGGCAGGGCUGAUGAGAAAGAGGGAAAGUUAGGCGACAAAGCAGGGACCUUCCCCACCUUGCGCGUCCAGCCAAACACCACUGCAAGGCAACUCCUGCAGACCAGCAAAAGCCACUGGUCCCCUCAGUUUAAGUGUGCAUCCCUACGAACGGCAUCUCCCAAAGCAAAAGGUGCAGAUUCGCCAGCUUUCCCCAAGGUGCCCGACUCCAGGCGGAAGAGCCUGCGGCAGUUCUCCAUCACCACUGCCCUGAACACCCUCAAUCGGAUGGUCCACGCGCCCGCUGAGCGGCAGGCGCUGGAGAUCAGCUCCCCUGUGCUCAUCAGCUCCAGCAACCCCACCGUGGCCACCCAGAGCAGCGAGAAAGCGGAGUUUCCCUAUGCCACCCCUCUCCAGGUCAGUGCAUCUUAUUAUCCUGCGCCAGGAUCACUGGGGCACUCGGCAGCCAUUGUCACUCUUCCCCAUCUCCAGCACCACAUAUCAGCUUAUAUGUGCGUGGCUCUCAAUUCCUACAUGGCUCACGGACCAGAUGAGCUGGAGCUGCAGAAGGGAGAAGGGGUCCGCGUCUUUGGGAAAGACCACGACGGCUGGCUGCGGGGCAUGUCCCUCGUCACGGGGAGAGUGGGCAUCUUCCCCAGCAACUACGUCGCUCCUCUCUUCAGGAAAUCUAAUCUUUCUGACUCAAAGAUGCCUUCCCUGUACGCCUCAUGGACACUAUCAACCUCCUCACUCUCCUCCCAAGGGAGCAUCUCAGAAAACGGCCCGAGACAAAGCAGACCCUUUAAACCGGCGCUGCUGCCCGUGCCCAUCACCUCGCCUGGGAGGAACGCGGUUGCAGCGGCCUCGGGACAGGCAUCACUGCGGCGUGGACGUGGCAGUACGAGGAAGAAUGGAUCUCUGCAGAGGCCGGGGCAGGCAGGGACCCCCGUGCAGGUUGCUGGCUCCCUCAGGCGUCCUCCCACGGCUGCGAUGAGACCUCAGCAGCUUCAGCUUUAUCAGCAUGUCAGCCCCCAGCCACACAGCAUCCCUCCUGGAGCUGGCAUGGCCGAGGCAGGAACGAGGCCAAACUUCUCCCAUGACGCUUCACCGGCACUUGUGGUCAGAGGAGGGGAAAGCAGAACUCCCUCUGUGUGCAGCUCGGUGAUCCUGGAUGCCAAAGACCCUCUGGCAAAGAGUGAGGCAGCUCCAAAGCCGCCUGCAUCAGCCCCACCAUCCAUCCUGGUGAAACCAGACACCUCCCGCAACAGCACCGAAAAGCAAGUGAAGACGGUGAGGUUCCAGAACCACAGCCCCCCGCCGCCCAAGCGGCACAGCCUGCAGCCCUCCCCGAGCCUGCCACGCAGCAGGACGGAGCCGGCGGCCGCAGCAGAGGCUCUCCUGCCAGAAGCCAGCCUGCCAGGCCCCGAGCUGGCGGUGCUGUACUCACCCAGGACCAGCUCCAGCCCCCUGCACCAGCGACGGGCACUGCACCCGAAGGCGCUGUCACUGGACCUCUCCGGGCAGCUGACCUUCCCUGUCAAGAAGAACUACAGCAGCGUUUCUGCAAACUGA